AACCAUCACAGUACGGGAAAUUUAGUUUUUUUUCGUCGUCAGAAUUCGAUAGUGUUCCGAAAAACUUGAACGAUUCCCAAUAUCGGCUAUUUCAGUAGAGUUCACACAUCUGCUUAAAGUGGACAAUAGUUCGCCGCGAUACGUGUUGUGCAUUACCUUAGGGUGUUAUAUCUUAGUGCAUCUUCCGGUUCAAGAAAGACUCUUUUUAGGAUGGCCGCAAGUGCAAAGCCAGAAAACUGGCGAGAUAUUAUAGCAGAACGUCUUCGUGAACGAAACAGAAACGAAACUUCCCGAUACGCGGAUAUUAUUGUCUACAAUAAUCGUCUCUUCGAUGCAGCAGCAAAAUUACGUCAGGAAAACUUGGAACUCAAGAUCGACAAAAAGAUCCGUGACAGCUCCGGUGGUACGGCAGGUGCGGAUUUGGCAGCUAUUACCAACGCUCAAAUUCAAUCACUGGAAAAGAAAAUCCUUGCACAACAGGAAGAACUUACCGAUCUUCAUAAGAGAAAAGGCGAGCACUCGCAGAUGAUAAUCACCUUAAAUCAGAAAUUGACUGAACUACAACGAACGCUGGCCGAAAAGGAACGCAUCCUGGCCGAACAGUUUGCAAUGAAUGUGGCUCUCAAAGAUGAACUGGAAGAGCUCAAAACCUUGCAUGUUACAAUCAAGGAUGAAUCGUUAGCUUCGCAGCUACGCGCCAAUACUGCGGAAGAAAAGCUAAGGGCUGUUCAGGACGAAAAUAACAAACUAUUGGCAUUAUUGAUGGAGUACAAGUCUCGCGAUGCGGAAAUAAUGAAUAAAGAAAAUGACAAAUUUAUCAAAGAAAAGAAAGCUAGAAUCGAAAGUGAACUGGAACGUGCAAUUAGAGACAUACCAGGGCCAUCGUCGCUUGGUGGAAUCGGAUCCGAUAUGGAUCGAUUCGAUUUUGGCUCCGAUGGACCUCCGGAGGGAGUUGAAUUUAAAUUCGAUGCACAUGACGGUGAAGUGAUCGCAGUUCGUUGGAGUCCGGUAGAGCGGGUCGUUGCUACCGGUGGUGCUGAUAGGAAAGUAAAGCUCUGGGAUGUGGGAAAAGGGGUUUGUGAGCCAAGAGGUACUUUGGUUGGAAGUAAUCAGGGCAUCAAUUCGUUAGAAUUUGAUAGCACUGGUUCAUUGAUUCUGGCCGCAUCGAAUGACUUUGCCAGCCGUGUAUGGACCGUCUCGGAUCAACGACUAAGGCACACACUGACCGGACACAGCGGAAAGGUGCUGGCAGCCAAAUUUCUCGGUACAACCUUCCUAGUCACCGGUAGUCACGAUCGCACGCUUAAAAUUUGGGACCUCAAAAAUCGAUCAUGCACAGAAACCAAAUUUGCCGGCUCAAGCUGCAACGAUCUCGUCACGACGGACAGUUUUUCCAUCAUAAGUGGGCAUUUUGACAAAAAGAUUCGCUUCUGGGACACCCGAACGGCGGACUGCACUGCCAACGAUAUUCCACUGCAGGGCAAAAUCACGUCCCUGGACCUUUCCAAGGAUUGUAAGUUCCUACUGUGUUGCGUGAGAGAUGACACCAUCAACCUGUUGGACCUUCGGCAGAAUAAGAUAGUACGGACAUUUCGACACGAUCACUAUAAAGUGGGCUGUGACUGGGCUCGGGUAGCUUUCAGUCCAACCUGCCAACGAAUCGCCGCUGGAUCGGCAGAUGGUUCCGUCUACAUCUGGAACGUAAAUGGUCCGCUGGAGACAGUGUUAAAGGAUCCCAAGUCUGAUCGUGAUUGGUUUUUUCGCAGUGGAAGUGGCGCCGCGGUAACCGCCGUCAGUUGGCACCCAUUCAGCUCCGUCCUGGCGUCGGUGGACCGAGCCAAAAAGUGCACAAUUUGGUCGAACGCUUAGCAAAUCGUCUUUCACAUGGAACUGCAUUCACAUCUUCAUACUACUACAAUAGUGUUCGUUCCAUUUCGUUCUUAUCGGGCUCGUGGAUUUUGAUAUCGAAACAUCACCAUAACGCUACAAAUGAAAGAAGCACGGUGCGUCUGUUUGUGAUGUUUGUCGCUGUAUAUUUGUGCUACGUUGUAUGAACGAGUUCUUUUGUAAAUGUAGCAGAAGGAAUGAAUAGUUGUUUUUCGUUUUAAGGUUCUCGAUAUUAUAUUUUUCUACAGAACUUUUUGCAAAUUCGUCCUUUGAAUUGUUUUACAAAUGUUUUCCACGUUUUCGGCAAAUGAAAAACUGUAUUCCAAAAUUCUACAGUAAUAAAUAUACUCUUUAAA